AUGAAUCAUCAAAAACUUGAAACUGAAGUUAGAUUCACUGUUAGUUGUACUGCUUAUUUUGGUUAAGCUGUAUAUAUCUCAGGAAGCUGCGAAGAAUUAGGAAACUGGAACCCUGAAUUAGCUAUCCGUAUGAAUUGGUCUGAAGGUAAUUUAUGGUGGUGUGUAGUUUCAUUAUCUACUAAUAUAGACUUUGUAUACAAAUACUAUGUAUCAAGUUAUGAAAACAUGACUAGUGAUGUAUGUUGGGAGUAAAUUAGUAAUAGAGUUUUUAGCUUUUAGGAGUCUUAAACUAAACAAAAUCAUGAUGUAUUUGAUCAUAACUUUAUUUAAAGUCAAUCGUAAAACAAAAAUCAUAUUGAAACAGAAGGAUGCGAAUAAACUCUAUGCUUAGGAAAUAUUUAUGAAAUAACUGACCAGUAAUUAAGCUGUAAAUAAGAAUCUUCAGACAGAUUAGAAGUUUAGAAGAAUUGCUAAGAAAGAUCAUCAAUAAAAUCAAGUUCUAUUUGUAAUAGUGAGAAAAGCUUUUAUUCACCCAAAAAUACUGAAUUAUCUUUAAUAGUUAAUUUUAAACGUUAUCCCACUUACAAUCCUUAGAAAAUUAAUGUAGAAAAUGACAAAAUGAAUAAAAUUAAAUUAUCUUCUUUUAAUUCAUAAUUGGUUAGCUAAAAUUAAUCCUAAAAAAAAUGA